ACACAUUACCUUCUAAUUUGCAUCUCUUCUGAGAAUAAGACUGGACAUGAUUCAUGUUUCAAGAACGCCAGAGUUCUCCAAUUGUGGAAACAUGAAUUCGAUCUCAGUCUACACAUCCUCUGACCAAGAACGGGACUCUAUGGUAGGAGGCAGAAGGAGGCCAAGGUCUCACUCCUACUAUAGCCCAGAGGACAAAAAGGACUAUGGUGUGCAGACACAGACAGACAAAACCUGUCUGAGACCUCGCUCCAGGUCCUUUUACAGUUAUGAGACAUCAGAGCGUUUCUCCGACUAUGACAUGGGAAACUUUGACAGGUCCAGUCCACUGAGGCAGAGAGCAACUUCCCUACACCGGCUUCAAGGGACCAAAAAGGAGAAUAAAGAGGGGGAUGGGGCUGGUGUUCGAGUCACCUCUAAGAAGUCCAAGUCUAAACCAAACAAGCAUUCUCCCUCUAGAGAACUUAAUGGCAGUAAAGGAAAUCUCAAGUCAGUGUCCAUGAUGACCAUCUCUGAGUCAGACAACUGGGAGAUUUGCUCCAGCUCAGGAAUGAAGUACGGACAGUUUGUGGACUGGGAGAGGAUUGAUCCUGAAGCUGCAAAUAGAUACCAGCAGAUCCUGAAGAGUGAGCACCAGCAGCUGAAAACCAUGGGUAGAGAAGGAUUCUGGGCCAUGCCGCACACACUGAGAGCCAAAGCUUACUAUCACAUCAUCCACAACAUGGAUUCCAGGUCUGUCACUUCAGACAGAGAUGUCUUCUAUGAACUGGCCAAGAAGCUCUUUGGAGAACAGAAAAUCAGCUCUCAACCAGUCCCAGAGUACAUGGAGGCAGGAGAAAUACCCAGAUACUGUCUCAACAAAGCCGGACUGAACUCUGUUAAAAAGAUCCUACUUUGCCUUGGAAAAUCCUUUCCAGAAAUGAACUUUUGCCCCAUCCUGCCUGCCUUAGUCUCCCUCAUCCUCCACUUCAGCCAGGACGAAGCUGAGUGUUUCCACAGUGUGUCCCGACUUAUCUGCUACAAUGACCCCAACAAGCGUUACAUCGACCAGACCUUUCUAACCUACCGCGCUUCCUGUAUGACCUUUGGAGACCUUGCUAAUCGGUGUUGCAGAGGAAUCCGUAAGCUUAUUGCCAGCUCCCACCAAAACCUCUUUGAGUUUUACUCUGACUGGAUCAUGUGGAUCUUUGCUGACCUGCCGUUCACAUAUGCCAUCAGAGUGCUGGAUGUCUACCUAUUGGAGGGCUACAAGGUCCUCUACAGGGUGGCACUGGCUUUGCUCAGUCUCUACAAAGUAUCUGUGUCAUCGCGAGUGGCAGAUGUGGAAGACUUCAGAACCGAUAUGAAAAGGUUUGUGCAGAAUGUAUCUCGCCACUGCACAGCUGAGAAGCUUCUGGAGAGGGCCUUCAUGAUUCCAAUGGCCACACGGAGAGAGCUCAACCUCCUGUUCAAUGCCAAUAAGGACUCUCUCAUGCAAAAAGGUGUCAGCACCCACCAGAAGAGGCAGUCAGUCGAGACAGUGGACUUUACCAACUUCAGCUCCAGUGUUGUGACAGGGACUGAGAUGAGAGUUGUCUGGGCCUGGAUACCUGAGCGCUUUGCCCUUUUCAGUCCCAUUAGGCUGUUUAGUACAGCUGAACACGGAAGAAGUCUUGCUUCAUUCUAUUCACAUGUGGAGGGUCACGAACCAGCGGUCUUGGUGAUCAAAACUGUGGAUGAAGAGGUCUUUGGUGCCUUCCUGUCAACAGAUUUGACAGAAAGGAGAAAGCAUUACUUUGACGGACUUGCAUAUUUUGGAACUGGGGAGUGUUUUGUUUUUACGCUUCGUCCCAGCAUGGAGCGCUACCAGCAGGCUAUGGUCAGCAUUAUGACCAGAAGAGCUUCCCCUCAGCAGGUUCGAAUCAGCAAUGGUGCCUCCUCUCAGGUGUCCAAUAGUGGCAGUUCCCCCAUCAUCUCCACCACAGCCAGCACUACUCUGACCUGUCCUGCUGGGACCCCCCAAGACCCCAGCUACCUGACGAUCCCCUUCACUGCCCCAUCAGAGGAACCCACAACUGCCAAAGAGCCAAAGAGACCCAAGGAACAAGAAGCCUCAAUGUUCAUAGCAGGCAAUGACAGCCAGCUCAUUAUCGGUGGUGACGGAGGGCAUGCUCUCAGCCUACAGGAAGAUCUAGAGGGAGGAUACACAGAGUCUUGUGACACAUUCAAGAGCAACCCACUCUGCAAGGGACAUUUCAAGAUCCAGUCCCUGGAAGUGUGGGGCAUCCAGAACUCUAUUUCCUUUUCUCACUGUUUUCCCUCUCAGUAAAGUAAUGAGGGAGUAGCCGUGUAACGUUGCAUCUUUUGAUGAAUAUUGAAAUCAUUUUUCUUGAUGCUGUUUCAUUGGACUUUUUUAAAAAUGUAAAUUUCAAAUAUUUAUUUUGUGAAACACAUUUAUGCACAUAUUGCGAAGCAACUGACUGAGAUUUUACUUGAGUUGAUGCCUACAGGUCAAGUCAAUUUUGUAUGAAUAACUCAAUAUCAUACUAUGUAUUACUCAACUUUACAAGCCUACAUAAAAGAUGGGUCCCAUCUCAAGGAAUCUCUCUAGAAACACAAGCCAAAAAUGUGUAAGGAAUGAAAGCAACUCCAGCAACUAACCUGUAGCCACACUGCAACAGUGGAAAAAGUGGAAAUCUGCCUGAUUUUCCCUCCGAUGUAAUCUUUGAUUACAGGUAUUUUGCCAUGUAGACAUAAUCUGAUGAAAAAAACAUUACAAUUACUGUACAUACAUAUAUAUAUUCUCCUACAUGUCAUUUCUUAUUAUUUUACAGUUUAUCUGCAUUUGAUACAAACGUAUACUCUUUAGUUUAUGUAACUUAUUAUGAACAUUAUGUAUAAUGGGGCUAAAAGCAAAUGUGUUUCAGACUGAAAAAAUAUUUUUUACUUAACUCUGAGUUAAAAAUCCUGAAAUUGUCAAUACUUUAUUACUACUAUACUGUGCGAAAACCUCGCUGUAUUCUUGUGCUGUUGGAAGUAUUAUGUUUCCUUGUAAAUAAAAGAAUUACUUGGGA